UGCUCCCAUCUAUCCCGCCAGCAUCCGCAGGAGCUGAUGUGAGGAAUCCUGGACCCUGUUGCGCUUGGCUGUGCGCAGGCACAGACCAGAGGCAGUAGAUCAUUACAGAGCGAUGAUGCCUAACAGGUGGUUUUCACACAUGAGUUCAAGAAGAGUUCAUAGUUAAAAGAAGCAAUUGCUGUGGAGGACAGCAUGACCACCAUGAAAGGAAGCUGCCUCCUUGCUCUACUGCUGGCUGGACUUGGGGUGUUAGGAAUACUGGAGUCAGCAACAAAAGAAGAUAUCCGUUGCCACAGAGCUGAACACCCAGUUAUUGCAUACAAAGAAAUUGCCCCUUGGCUAUACAUGUUCAGAUCAGAAGAUGCUGUAGACUUCUCACAAUUAACAUUUGAUCCAAGACAAAAAGAACUUAUUGCUGGAGCAAGAAACUACCUCUUCAGGUUGCAGCUUGAGGAUCUCUCACUAAUACAGGCCGUGGAGUGGGGAUGUGACGAAGCUACUAAAAGAUCCUGCUACAGUAAAGGCAAAUCAAAGGAGGAAUGCCAGAACUAUAUUCGUGUGCUUCUUGUUGGAGGCAACCACCUCUUCACCUGUGGGACCAACGCAUUCACUCCCAUCUGCACCAACCGCACGUUAAGUAACUUGACAGAGAUACAUGACCAAAUCAGUGGCAUGGCUCGUUGUCCAUACAGUCCCCAACACAACUCCACUGCUCUUCUCACUUCCAGUGGGGAGUUAUAUGCUGCUACAGCCAUGGAUUUUCCGGGAAGGGAUCCUGCCAUUUAUCGCAGUUUGGGGGCCCUUCCUCCUCUCCGCACUGCACAGUACAACUCCAAGUGGCUGAAUGAGCCAAAUUUUGUGUCUUCUUAUGACAUUGGGAACUUUACCUACUUCUUCUUCCGCGAGAACGCAGUGGAGCAUGACUGUGGGAAAACAGUCUUCUCUCGUGCUGCUCGAGUCUGUAAAAAUGAUAUUGGUGGCAAGUUUGUGCUGGAGGAUACUUGGACCACCUUCAUGAAAGCUCGCCUCAACUGCUCUCGCCCUGGAGAAAUUCCAUUUUACUAUAACGAACUACAGAGCACUUUCUUCCUGCCAGAACUGGACUUGAUCUAUGGGAUUUUUACCACUAAUGUGAACAGCAUAGCGGCCUCGGCAGUUUGUGUUUUCAACUUGAGUGCCAUAACUCAAGCUUUUAAUGGACCAUUCAAAUAUCAGGAAAACUCUCGCUCUGCUUGGCUUCCAUAUCCCAAUCCAAACCCUAAUUUUCAGUGUGGCACCAUGGACCAAGGUCUGUAUGCUAAUUUGACUGAGAGAAAUCUCCAGGAUGCUCAAAAAUUCUUCUUAAUGCAUGAGGUGGUCCAACCCGUUACUCCCAUCCCGUACUUCAUGGAAGACAAUAGCCGAUUCUCCCACGUGGUGGUGGAUGUGGUGCAGGGCAAGGACAUGCUUUUCCAUAUCAUGUACCUUGCCACAGAUUAUGGCACUAUUAAGAAGGUACUUGCCCCAAUGAACCAAACAUCCGGCAGCUGCCUGCUUGAGGAAAUUGAACUCUUGCCAGCGAGUAAGAGGGAACCCAUCAGGAGUCUCCAGAUCCUGCACAGCCAGAGCGUUCUGUUUGUGGGCCUGCAAGAGCAUGUGGUUAAGGUGCCCCUGAAGAGAUGUCUCUUCUACAAAACAUACAGUGCAUGCAUUGGAUCCCAAGAUCCUUAUUGUGGCUGGGACAUGGUGAUGAAGAAAUGCACAACACUGGAAGAAAGUCUGAGCAUGAGUCAGUGGGAGCAAAGCAUUACUGUGUGUCCAACCAGGAAUUUGACUGUGGACGGAAGUUUUGGAGUGUGGUCCCAGUGGAAGCCCUGCAUCCACACGGAUGGUGCCAGCAUUGGCUCUUGCCUCUGCAGGACUCGUCUGUGCGACAGCCCAGCUCCCCAGUGUGGAGGUUGGCUCUGUGAAGGACCGAGCGUGGAAAUUGCCAACUGCUCCAGAAAUGGAGGCUGGACGCCAUGGACUUCUUGGUCCCCUUGUAGUACCACUUGUGGAAUAGGCUUUCAAGUUCGCCAGCGCUCCUGCAGCAACCCAACGCCUCGACACGGAGGACGUGUCUGCGUGGGGCAGAAUCGCGAGGAAAGAUAUUGCAAUGAGCACUUGUUGUGCCCUCCUCAUAUGUUUUGGACGGCUUGGGGUCCAUGGGAGCGCUGCACGGCGCAGUGCGGCGGAGGGAUUCAAGCUCGGCGCAGGACGUGUGAAAAUGGUCCCGACUGCCCUGGCUGUAGUGUGGAAUAUCAACCAUGUAACACCAAUGCCUGCCCAGAGUUAAAAAAGACGACUCCUUGGACCCCUUGGACUCCGGUCAAUAUUUCAGACAAUGGUGGCCACUAUGAGCAGCGAUUCCGAUACACGUGCAAAGCGCGCCUGCCUGACCCGAAUCUGUUGGAGGUGGGGAGGCAAAGGAUCGAAAUGCGUUACUGCUCCAGCGACGGCACCAGUGGCUGCUCAACAGACGGGUUGUCAGGAGAUUUCUUGCGUUCUGGACGAUACUCUGCUCAUACUAUCAACGGUGCCUGGUCGCCGUGGUCUCCAUGGUCUCAGUGCAGCCGUGACUGCAGCAGAGGUAUACGGAGCCGCAAACGGGUCUGCAGCAAUCCCGAGCCCAAGUAUGGGGGACUUCCUUGCCUCGGCCCAUCUCUGGAGUACCAAGAAUGCAACAUUUUGCCUUGUCCAGUUGAUGGAAGCUGGUCUUGUUGGUCGUCUUGGUCCAAGUGCUCAGCAACUUGUGGAGGAGGGCAUUACAUGAGAACCCGCUCAUGCACAAACCCUGCUCCAGCAUAUGGGGGAGAUAUUUGCCUCGGUCUCCAUACUGAAGAAGCACUGUGCAACACACAACCAUGUCCAGACAGCUGGUCGGACUGGUCCGAGUGGUCUGAGUGCGACGCAUCCGGAGCUCAAUUCCGCGUUCGCCAGUGUGCUAUCCUCUUCCCCGUGGGCAGCCAGUGCUCUGGGAACACCACGGAGACCCGAGCCUGUGCUUUCAGCUCCAACUUCAUACCAGAAAUAACAGUGGCACGAUCCAGCAGUAUAGAAGAGAAACGAUGUGGCGAGUUCAACAUGUUUCAUAUGAUCGCAGUGGGAUUAAGUAGCUCUAUCCUUGGUUGCCUUCUUACCCUGCUUGUUUACACCUACUGCCAACGCUAUCAGCAGCAGUCCCAUGACGCAACUGUCAUCCACCCUGUAUCUCCAGCCCCUCUGAAUACCAGCAUCACCAACCAUAUCAACAAACUGGACAAAUAUGACUCUGUAGAAGCCAUCAAGGCAUUUAACAAAAACAACUUGAUUCUGGAGGAGAGAAACAAAUACUUCAAUCCCCAUCUUACUGCAAAGACUUAUUCUAAUGCCUAUUUUACAGAUUUCAAUAAUUAUGAUGAAUACUAAGGGGCUUGUGUAUCUUCUUGGCCUUCUGUAACUCCCCAGUCCCUAAGGCCUGUGCUACAUGACUGCUCAUGUGAUCAAGGCUUCAGAGAUGAAGCACAGAGACAUUUCAAGCACGAUCCAAGCCAUCAGUGUCCCAUUGCUGCCAAACCCCCAAACAGUUGUUUGUGACCUGAUGUUCUCAUUGCAGGCUGGCCUUCAGUACAGGUUGCAGCUCUAGCCCCUACGUCUUUCUGAUUCCCUCCCGAGGAAGGCAUUGCUUCACUCAGUUUCAUAAGCAUUCAGGCAGAUUUCUGUAACAAGGGGCUAGCUGAUUUUGAAGCUUUUAGAAAAAGAAAAAAAAUAUCUUUUACCCCUGGAGACUUCCAGGGUUACAAAUCUAAUUUUAUUUUGGGCAUUACAUUUUAAUUUCCAGGAGUUAGCAAUGGAGCCCUCUGUGGAGUCUAACUGAAAGUCCUACCACCAAAACCAGCUCACAGAGUGUGGAGAAAAAUGUCAAGAAGAAAUCUAGUUGCUCAGUGAUGUUCUGUAGCAGGUUCAUGCUCUCCAGACCUAAUCUUUCUGGACUGUAAAUCAUUCAGGCUAGGGUCUUUUGUGCCGUUCAGCUGUGUAAAGAGUAAGGGUGUGAAAAAUUAGGCCCUACAAGUGAUAUGAUCUUGUAGUGAAAUACAAAACUUUCAGGGUAGGUGGCUUCCAGUUGCAAGUCAAGUGACCUAAAGCCUACACCUGCUUUACUUCAUGGGAUGUGUCAGAAAGGUAAGGAGGACAGAUAGGAAAGUCGCAUUGGGAUGUUUCCACAUGUUGGGAAGCCGGGAUUACUACAGCAGAUUUGGAUGAGUUAUGGGGGUCCAGAGGCUUCCUCUCCUCAGCAUGUGCAUACGGAGCCCACUUGUCUGGUCUGCUGCAACACUCCUGGUGAUGCCACUCAGUGAAAGGUGCAAUUGCACUAAGUUUCGCAUACUGCCUCAAGCUCUCCACGGUUAUGUAGGCAUUAUCUUGGAACUGCUUUUCCCUUUCCAGCUUCGACUUCAUAUAUAUGUUUAUGACAAAGCAAAGCAAAAUCAGAAAAUGCGUAUGCAUUUGCAAAUCCUUGUCUCAUCUUACCAAUGUGUGUCAUCCAAACUAAUCUGCUCUUGAGGGAGCAUUGUUAAAGCAUUUUAAGUGCAUAUCUUGUUGGAUCUUAUUGAUGUAAAUAUUUAAAAUACUGGUUGAGUUUUAAAUUAUCCAUUUUAAUUUCUUUCCUAGUGGCAGGUGAGGAAACACAAAUGAUCUGCACAUUUUGUACCAUUUCAUUUUUAUUCUCCCAGUUUUCGUCCACAUUCAUGACAUUACUAUUUUUGUAACUGAAAUUCCACAUGUACAAUUAAAAAAUAAGGGCAGAGUUUUGGGUCAGAUUUUACAGAGUGUUUUUUAGUAAAGUGACAUUUGCCAUUUCCAGAAUCUUGUGAGAAGAAAUUGAAAAUGAAUAUUAAGGAUUAGAGAAUUGGACUUUUUGGUUUUUGAACUUAUUUGGUGCAAAGAUCACAACCACAGAAUAUCAGGAAUGUGUGCAUGGAGAAGCACAGUGCAAAUGUUUCCAUUGUACUGGAUCAUUAGUUUAUGCUAUGAUAGACAAAUAACAGAAAAAAAGUACACUUUAUAAUAAUUCUUAUUUAUGUAAAAAAUGGUACCAAGCAACAUGGAUAAUGUGUGGCAGCAUCACAGCAUUGCUUGUAAUCCAGCAAUUUACUUAGCAAAGGUAAGCACCAUAUCUAGCUAUGGCAGUGAGCAACAUUUUUGAGUGGGGCUAGAUCCAAAUGUGUUACUAUGCUUCCCAUUUCUCUUUUAUAGUAAAAUGAGAAAAAUGCAAAGCAAGUGUUCCCGAAAAACUGUAAAGUGACCACGCAUUUACCAUUUAUGAAAGUAAUUGGGAGCACCUUUCCAAUUUUUCCAACUGAACAGUUACCCUUGAUAAUGUUAACUGUGUCAAAAGAAAGAGCUUCUACCCUCACACCAAUUCACAUUAAAAAGUGUGAUAACACUGGUUCUCUAUAAUUUGUGAUUGUACUGUACAUUAGAUUUAUUUUUCCAGGAAGAAAUUACCAGAUAUGCCAAUUACCUUUGGGAAAGAGGGAAUUUUCUCUGCAAGGAAACUCAGUGGCAUGGAUAGAGAAGGAAAAACUCUCCAAAUGGUAACCAGCAUGGUAUGUGAAUCACACUGUUCAUGCCAAAAGUUAAAAUUUUAAAUUUAAAAAAGUAUAAAGAAAAUAAAAACUAUAUUACUGUCACUGCCAAGAAAAAAAACAACAUAAGGGUUACACCAGUAUAUUCACACAAAUGCAGAAAAAACCUGUUCCUCUCCACCACUGUAUUCAAAGCA